CAAGAGCAUUUGCUCAAGAAGAAUUUGACCGAAACAUGGAGAGGCUGUCAAUGACUUCUGGGUCAUUCCGUACUGAUGUGCCUGCUGUGCCUCUGCAAAGCUCCUCGUCUUGGUCCUUGCGUCAGCUGACAGCCCAAGAACAGUGGAAGGAAGCUCGGCCAGACCACCUGCAAUAUCUACUGGCAACUGAGGCUGUUGGCCAGGAGUUGUGCUCUAUCUGCCAUCAGGCUGCUGUUAUAAGGUGCAGAGACGGCCUUCCCGAGGAGUGGUGGUGUGAGGCCUGUGAUGUGUUGCACCAUAAAAGAUGGCCACUCCACAACAGAGACAGCAUGGUGGAUGGCUUCCUCAAGGCCAUCCCACCAUCCACAUGCUAUACUAAAGGGGAAACUGGACACUACAUCCCACGCAAGCAAGCUUCCAUUUUACCCACAGUGCGCGCACCACAGCUAUGCUCAUGUGAAGUUGCUGACGUCACUAUGUCUCCAGGCAGUGAAGUCAUCCUUAUCACCAUAAACGGACAGUUCGACUUGCACAUGCCUGUUCAUGUGUGCAAUAUCUGCCUGCAACGCUGGACCCCGGAUCUUAAAGAUCUAAUCAAGAGUGGUUACUGGCCAGCCUCUUCACAUUCCCAGACCCUGUACCCUAUUGACCUCUUCCACUCAUUCCAAGACCUGAAGGUCAUUUCACCUGGCUUUUCCAGGCAAGCUUUUGCAAAGUUGCUGGAACAUCGCACAUGGCGUGCUAGAAGAUCAUGGCAAAUCAAUGGGGAUGCACUUCAGCGGAGCUUCCUGGAGUUCAGCUAUUGCUCGUUUGAAGAGGACCAGCUCUGCUGUGCGUCCCCGUUCACCUGCCCCGCCUGUACCCCAGAAAUGGUGGCUGUAGCAGCUCAGAGGAGACGGCACUGCAGUGGGUUACGGAUGUUCAGGAAUGGGCUGGGGUUCCCAAUUCUGUAGAGACAAAAGAUCCCACCAGUGAUCAACGAUCCCUGCAACAACAGUCCAUUGAGGGGCUUCAUCUGAGCCUUCACCACAGAAAACAGAGCCUCUACUGUUAAAAUGACAGCAACAAGCUUCGUCACUGCCUGCGCAAAAAUUUGGCGAAAGACAAGC